AUGUCAGUUAUACAAGGAUUCCCGCAAAUCCUACAGAUGAUCCUACAUCAUGCCGACCGAGCCACACUUUCGGUCAUGAUCCGCCUUUCCACCUUUACCCGAGACUUCACCAAGCCAUUCCUCUACCCAACCAAGCUGGUGGACCCCUUCGUCCUUCCCGAUCCAUCCAAGCCUGAGCUCAACCUAACCCCGGAAUGUGCUUACCGCAAGCUGGACUCCUUCCUCUCCUCUCCGCAUCUCACACACGUCAACGAAAUCCUCAUCACUCAUCCAGAAGUAUGGGCCGAGUACUUCCGGAUCGCCGGUCGCAUACCUCCUGCUGCAUCGAGAAGUGCUGGUACGAUGACCACUAUCAUCGUGAAGCCGGUCGGACUCGGGUUGGACGAGAAGGGAAGGCGGGACACGAACCGGAAAGCCUGGAAGGACCUCGUCAGCCACAAGCGCGAGUGGGAGGCCAGAGAGGAGAAGCGUGUGACUGCAGAGGCAGCCAAACUCGUGGACCAACACCUAUCUAAAGCCAAGGCCAUACGGUCCAUCAGCCCGCAUCGGUACCCACCGCCCGACCCCCUCUUCGUCGCUUCCCCCGGCUACAACGCUCGCUGGCCGGAACAUCGGAAUGCGCACCAAUUCAAGCACAUCUUCGACAUUGCUCUUCUCCUUCCCUCCUCUCGGCUCAUCCUCCACCUCCCAUUCGCGGCCAACAUCGAGCUUCUUGCCAUGUUGAACGCAGCCAGCGUGGCCUUCGAUCCCCCACCCGGAAUGACGCACCUCACCUUUCUUGUGGAGUGCGGAAAUCCCAAGCCUAUCCCUCCUUCCGGAGAUGACUGGUGGGACGAUGCAGAGUCCUCUUGGUCGCACGUCGAGGUGGUGCUCGUGCCCAAUUCGGUCGGCGCAUUCACUGCACUUGAUCCGUUCCGCGACGUACCGCCGAAUCACACGCCCGCUUUUGGCCUGCGUGACAGGAAGGACAAACUCGACUGGAUGAUGUCUUCAAUCGCCGGAAGGCCGUGCGCACACCUUCCGGCGACAUCUACCUACACGGUCGUCGGCCUUGAGAACAUCGACAUCAUGGACGAGCACCAGGUCGAAUUCGAAAAAUUGCUUCUGGAGCGAAUUCGCAGCGGUAAAUCGGCAGGUGCGAGGAGGGUCGGAGUCGAGUUCAAGCAUUUGGAGGUGUGGAAGGAAGGGGCGUCGGGGGAAGUGUGUGUACAGUAUGUAUAG